UUUAUUAGUGUAGGGAAUGACACACGUAUAUAGAUCAUCUGGUCUGCCUUGGACGAGUAAAGGAUUCCAAGUCGAACCAAAGCUGUUCAUUAAAAUCAAACCACUUGCUAUCCAGUCACAAAAAGGCUAUAAAAUCAGAACCAGAUCUGAACAACAAUACUCGUGUGCUGAUCGACCAAGAGACCAAAUAUUUAAAGAUAACUAUGACAGGAGACAGUUCCAGGUGAAGAAGUGUGGCUACUGGUCCGAUAUCUCUAAACCGUACCGGCCUGUGGGGGACGUAGAACUCGACACAAGAAUGCUCCUACUCAGAACUCUGGACCAGCAAGAUCCUUCCUUAAAUGAUUAUUCAAAGGAUACCUCGAAGCAAAUAAAAAACAUGGGACAACACAAAAGACGAGAGCGCAAAUCCUUUAAGUUAAAAGACGUGUCGGAAAAACAAGAACCAUACUGCCGUAAAGCCGAGAUGAUAAUAAGGCACGAGUUGAACGAAGGGAGAAACAGAAUGGCGGUUGUAAAGUCCGGGAGUAACUUCUUCGAUGUUAUCAAGUCCGAACAGAAGGCUAAGGAAGACGCGAUAAAAGCGGAAAAGAAGCCGACAUAUUCGAGGGAGAAUUGGAGACCGGCGCAAGUGGCCGACGGUUCAGACGAGUCGAGCGAGGAUGACUCUGAGGGAGAAGAGGGCGCGUUGUGUUGGGAGGAGAACUCUAAAACUGACUACUGGACCUCACUAGGAAUACCCUCUCCUGCCCCAUCGACUCCCAGCAGAAGACGAAGCAGCGCAAAAAGCAGACGAUCAUUAGCUCCACAGCCUGUAUACUUCGUGUCGACAUCUUCUAGUGUGAUAAGAACACAAUUACAAGUGUUACGGUGGUUUCUUGAAGCUAUGAGGAGUGAUAACUCUACUCUUAUGGUUCCUAUUACUUCCGCUUGGGCUUACAAGACGAGCGAGUCUAAUUCCACUCUCGAGUCAAAGAAGGUCACACAGUCAAGGUGGAAAAGUUUCAUCAAAUCCAAACAUCCCAACUCCAGUGUGAGGCCCAAAUCUGCAGCUACAGUCGCCGCUAUCUCCACCUCCGGGACCCCAAAACAAGGAGAAGAGUCUACGGAACAGAAGGAAGACCAGAUGCCAGCAUCUCUCCUUCACACUGUGCACAACACUGGUCAGGACAGGGAUGUUAAGAAGAAACCUCUGAAACGACCCUCAACUAGCCCAGGUUGGAUUGGUUCGAGUGCGGCAGCAGCAGCAGGCACGCUCUCUCCGACUGAUAUGCGCUCUAAGUUCUGCACUGUGGCAGAGAACAAAGCUGAGUCCCUGACUCAACAGCUUGCCUCCAUGGAGCGGAGCCGGUCAACUGCCUGCAGGAAGAAGUUUACUUCACUUGAACUUACUGGAGUGAUUAACAAAGAUCUCCAGGAUAUGAGAGCCAGCGUUGCUCUGGACACUGAGGACACUGCUAGACGUAAGAUCAUGUACAAUUUUCAUUGGUUUGACGACCUCUUAGCUGAUCUACCUUGUGCUAGAGACGAUCCCAAAUAUCUCUCUGCUCUUCAGAAACUUUAUGCGCUGUCGCAGUCACAGCAAGCCCUAAAACGGUACACAAAAGAACGGUACUUCUCGAUCAUUCUGACUCUGAGAGAGUGGGAAUUGCAGCUAGCCGAGGUUGCCAGCGUCUCCAAGUUUAUACGAGAGAGGAUUAUAUUUCUACCGGAGGCGGAGUACAAAGAAUGGUACCACCAAUGUUAUAACCACCGCUGAUUGAUUGCGGAGUAUAUGAGCUGAUGCUGCAGAUAAGAUCGCUGGUUUCACUGCUGAAAAUGUCCGCUGUUGCUAUCUUUUAAUCUUCUUUAGCCUCUCAGAGUGGUUCUUUAAGUUUCGCUGGUGCUCUUUUAGCUGGUUUUAAUUUCUGUUUAUAUCUAGGGUAACUUUACUGUUUAUGAAAAUAGAAAACUGUAGGUACAGUGAAUAUAACUUGAAGCUUACUGUAUAUAUUCACCACGGCAUUUCCUCUUUGAAAUAUCUCAAACCACUUACAUUAUAACGAUAAAGUGGUAAUGUUACCGCUAAAGUGGUUAUUCGACCACUAAUAUUGUAAUGUGUACUAAAAUACUGUGACCAAAGCCGAUCAUUAAGCUUUUAAAUGAAACUGUCCUGGCACAAUCUGCUUUAUAUUUGAAAUAUUAUUUAAUUUUGACGGGUUGCAAGCGUUCAGUUUCAGAUAGUUUAUUGUUAGAUCUUUAUUUGAGCAUGGUUAAAUGUUUUAUUUAUAUUAUUUGUCCGUUGUAAAUAUGUAUGUCGACUUUCAGAUUAUUGUACAUUUAACCUGCUGUAUAUCAUUUCUCCGACUUGCUUUAA